UCUUCCCUUGCACGCUUUGCGGCAGCCCUCGCGACUCUUUUGCGACAGUCCGGAAGACGCGGGCAGAAGCCGCGUCGCUUGAGGAAGGGGCGCCGGCAUGGACGUGGGGGAGCUGCUCAGCUAUCAGCCAAACAGAGGGACAAAAAGGCCUCGGGAAGAUGAGGAAGAUGAUCUCAAAGUGCGCCACAAGCCAGCCAGCAUGCGGGAACGUGGCCGUCACCGGGAAGAGGAGGCACCUGCGGCAGAUGAGACGGAGGAUGAAAAAAAGAAACUGCUUCAUAUCAUUGAAAAAGGCGAUGAGGAAGAGGAGGAGGAGGAACCUCUGGAUGAAAGCUCAGUAAAGAAGAUGAUCCUCACUUUUGAGAAGAGGUCUUAUAAGAACCAGGAACUUCGGAUCAAGUUCCCCGAUAACCCAGAGAAGUUCAUGGAGUCGGAGUUGGAUCUCAAUGACAUCAUCCAGGAGAUGCAUGUGAUCGCAACCAUGCCGGACCUGUAUCAUCUGCUGGUGGAGCUGAAUGCGGUGCACUCCCUCCUGGGGCUGCUCGGGCAUGACAACACUGAUGUGUCUAUAGCUGUGGUAGAUCUUCUGCAGGAGCUUACAGACAUUGACACUCUCCAUGAAAGUGAAGAAGGAGCGGAGGUCCUCAUAGAUGCCUUGGUUGACGGGCAGGUUGUCGCCUUGCUAGUGCAGAAUCUGGAGCGCCUGGAUGAAAGUGUCAAGGAAGAGGCAGAUGGUGUUCAUACCACUCUGGCUAUCAUUGAGAACAUGGCAGAGUUCCGGCCCGAGAUGUGCUCUGAUGCUGCACAGCAGGGUCUCAUGCAGUGGCUCCUCAAGAGGCUGAAGGCAAAGAUGCCGUUUGAUGCCAACAAGCUCUACUGCAGUGAGGUUCUGGCCAUUCUCCUCCAGAACAAGGACGACAACAGGGAAUUGCUUGGGGAACUGGAUGGGAUUGAUGUGCUGCUUCAACAGUUAUCUGUGUUCAAGCGCCACAAUCCAAGCACGGCAGAGGAGGAAGAGAUGAUGGAGAACCUUUUUGACUCCCUUUGCUCCUCGCUGAUGUUGAGCUCCAACCGGGACCGCUUCCUGAAGGGGGAGGGACUGCAGCUGAUGAACCUCAUGCUCAGAGAGAAGAAAAUCUCCAGGAGUAGUGCCCUGAAAGUCUUGGAUCAUGCCAUGAUUGGGCCGGAGGGAGCAGACAACAGCCACAAGUUUGUUGACAUUCUUGGCCUUAGGACCAUCUUUCCGCUCUUCAUGAAGUCACCCAAGAAAAUAAAGAAGGUUGGAACAUCAGAGAAGGAGCAUGAAGAACACGUCUGCUCCAUCUUGGCCUCCCUCCUGAGGAAUCUAAGGGGGCAGCAGAGAACCCGAUUGCUCAACAAAUUCACCGAGAACGACAGUGAGAAGGAGGCCUCUCUCUCUUCUCUUUUUUUCCCCUGCCAGGUUGAUAGACUGAUGGAGUUAUAUUUCAAGUACCUGGAUGCAAUGCAGGCAGCCGAUAAGAAGAUAGAAGGUGAAAAACAUGACAUGGUCCGCCGUGGAGAGAUCAUCGAUGAUGACAUGGAGGACGAGUUCUACCUCCGGCGCCUGGAUGCUGGUCUCUUUGUCCUCCAGCUCAACUGCUACAUCAUGGCGGAGAUCUGCAAUGCCAGCAUCCCCCAGAUUCGUCAGAGAGUCCAUCAGAUCCUGAACAUGCGUGGAAGCUCCAUCAAAAUAGUCCGGCACAUCAUCAAAGAGUACGCAGAGAACAUUGGGGAUGGGAAGAACCCUGAGUUCCGGGAGAGCGAGCAGAAGCACAUUGUGGAGUUGCUGGAGAAUUUCUGAGGGUCCCACCUGUGGCCGCAAAGUCAGCCCUUCCUCAGGAUCUGUGACCUGCUGCGCCCUGGAGCCACCAAAGAGACUGGCUGGAGAAAAUGAGCCUCUUGAGUUUUUUCAGAUAUUAAAGAUAUUUUGUGUUGCGGUUUUUUCCCUUUAA